GACGGCGCUGUAGCGUCGGCCAGUAGUGACAAGAUGGCGACGCCCAGUGAACUGUCUCUCGAAGAAAUUCGUCAAUAUUUAUUGGAAAAUGGGGGUACUGCUCGUAAUCACGAUGUAGUGAAGCACUUUAAGAAGUUUUUGACGGAUUCAGAAACGCGAGUCGAGGCACGAAAUCAGUUCAAGGAAUAUGUAAACACCCUGGCUACUAUAAAGAACGAAGAGGGUGAGAAAUAUUUAGUUCUCAAGAAGAAGUAUCGUCAACUUCCUAUAGAUCUGGGGAUUUCGGACCAAAUUACAUCGCCCAUAAAUACUCCUGAUAUAUCAACUCCGCUUUCUCCUUUACGAGUUCCGCCACCUUACCGACCACCACCUCCCGCGCCUCUUAGUCCUCCGAGCAAUAAUACGAACCGCGAAGAAUCGUGUUCGAAUUUUGACCGUGAAGAGGCCGCUAUUAAUGCGCGGAAAAAUGGCGUUGAAAGCGUCGAGACAGGAUUUUCAACACCCUCGCCUCCUGUGCCACCGCGUCGUAAAAGUCAAGAUAAAGUCAAGAUGGAAAAUAAGGAGAAUGUCGACAGAAAUAGGGGAGGAUCGGAGGCAGUUAUCAAGGAAGAUGAGGCUGUCGCGACGAAUCCGGGCUCAACCGAGCAAUUAAGCUUCCGCGAGCGGAUGCAACGUUUCAACCGGAUGGCUAGCGAAACCGAUCUCCAAGGCAGGCCUAAUGGCACUAUCACACCUACUAAAAAGCGAUCUGACAAGGGCGCCGACGAGGAUGACAGCGCUUCCGUUGCCUCGCAACUGGACGGCAAGUCACGGGAGUGGUUGGUCAGAGCGGCGCAAGGGGAUUAUCAGGCUUUGGCGAAAUUGGCCGCCGAAGAACCUCGCCUCACCCGGCUCAAGACGGCGUUGCACUGGGCGGCCAAGCACGGCGACGAGAAUAUCGUCAAGCUGAUCGCUGGCACCUACAAGGAUUACAUCAAGAGCGUGAAUGAAACUUCGGGGUACACGCCGUUACAUAUCGCGAUGCAGUUCGAUCAUGAGAAUAUCUUCAACUUGUUGGUCCAAGUGUACGCCGCGAACCAGGAGAUACGGGACUACAGCGGGAAGAAGGCGAGACAAUACUUGGUCUCCCAGGAGGCCGCUGUCAGUCAGGACACCUUCCGCAAAAUAAAAGCAAGGAAAAAGCAUGCAGAGAAAGAUCUUGGUUUCCUGCGUAUUGGCUCGCUGAACGUACGCGUGAAACGUACGACGGAAGCGUUCAGCCAGUUCCUGGGUGUGGCAACUAGCAGCGCCAGCAGCAACCACGAGAAGAUACACAAGAGUUGGGGAUCGGCGGACAAUGUGCAGUUGGAUCAAAAAAUGAUGCCGCCGCCAAAGUACGCGCCUAUCAAGAAAAGAAGAAGUCGCCGUGCUCAGGAUUUCAGUUCGUUAAGGGAACACCAAGCUGCCAGUCAACCGACCACCCCGCUUCUUCAAGGGAAAGUUUCUCGAUCGAGUCAACAGAUGCAUCGUCGACCAACCUCCACGACAGCCGUCGGUUCUGCAGCUUCCAAAACGCAACAGAACAACGACUCGGAUUCGGACACCGCAUGCGGAUUCGAUUCCGCGUGGAGAGGAUCCGCGCAACUGUAGGCGUAACUCCGACGCGACAUCUGUCGCGAAAACUUGAGGCUCAAAUGCAGCGUUUCUCGAUCCUUUCGCCAUUCGAAUGUAACGUAAAAUUUUCAAAAAUAACGACUGAAUUGUGUAGAUAGAUAAAUUAAAAGGUAUAUAUUUGGUCACCUUACGAUUAAAAGUUAAAAAAAUUGUAAUACGAGGCGACUUGUACAGGUUGAGAAACACUGUUCUAGUGAAUCAUCGUGUACCUUUGUCUUCUGAUCUCUUUAGAUAAUGAUUUCGAAAUAUUUCUAACAGAUCGGUGAAAAGUUGAUGUAGUAUAUUAAAAAAGACUGAAAUUAUGAUUUAGCGAUAAUAAUAUUUUCGAAUAUUGCGAUGAGCUCGUAGCAAUAGCCAGAUACAUUUGGAACACUUUUCUUUACCGGUGAUAAACUUGCCCUAUCGAUCGACUGAACGACUUAUCGAUUAAAACGAUAAGAAUUUUAUAAAGGAAUUUAUUCUUGAUGAAGACUUGCACGCAAUGAUUUGAUCAUCAAUAUUUUCUUACACGAGAUGCAUGAUGCACGUUCUUUGCUAUAAUUAUUGUUAUCAUGGUUUUUAUAAGUGCCUUAAUUUAACACUCGAAAGCAAUAUAAUUUAGAUUUACCGAUGCAUCUGCACGAAAGCCAAAUACAUAAUAUACAUCUAAUCCGUAAGCGUGGAAAUGAAAUUACAAUUUUUAUACAGGGUGUACUACGCACAAUUUUAUUGUAAAAUAUUCUAUCACUUAAGGAUGUGAAUACAAUCAUUGUACCUAAGUAGUAAAAAAUAGAAAUUGCAAUAUUAUGCGUGUUGUUAUACUAUUCAAGUGUAGAUUUUUAAAUAAAUUGUAUAAAUGUUUAAGAUUAAAUAUAAAUGACGAAUUGA